AUGGCAGGCAGCGUCAACAAGGUUAUUCUCGUCGGCAAUCUGGGGGCGGACCCGACAUGGCGCGACAAACAGUCGGGCGAGCGCCGCGAGCGCACCGAAUGGCAUCGCGUGGUGAUCUUCAACGAGAAUCUCGCCAAGGUGGCCGAGAACUAUCUGAAGAAGGGCGCCAAGGUCUAUAUCGAGGGCCAGCUGCAGACGCGCAAAUGGACCGACCAGAACGGCCAGGACAAAUACACGACCGAGAUCGUGCUGCAGCGCUUCCGCGGCGAAUUGCAGAUGCUCGACAGCCGCGCCGACGCCGAAGGCGGCUAUGGCGGCCGCGGGCAGGGCGGCGGCUAUGGCAAUGACCGCGUCGGGCAGGGCGCCGGCGGCAUGGAUCGCGGCGGCGGUCAGACCCGCAAUACCGUGCGCGCCGGGGCGGGAUCGGGCUUCGCCUUCAUGCCGGUGGUGCGGGAGUUCGCGCUCAGGCCGCUGUUCGCCGUCAGCGUUCUGGCGCUUUUGCUUGCCAUGUCCGCGAUGGCGCUUGCGGGCGAAGCCGAUGUGGUCGGCGUCGAGGCGCGCCAGGCCGACAGCGGCACAUGGCGGUUCGACGUGACCGUCGCCCACGCCGACGAGGGCUGGGACCAUUAUGCCGAUCUGUGGGAGGUCGUCGGCCCCGACGGCGCGGUGCUUGGCAGCCGCGUUCUGGCGCAUCCCCAUGUCGACGAGCAGCCCUUCACCCGCUCGCUGUCCGGCAUUUCGAUUGGCGAGACCAUCGGGUCGGUGACGGUGCGCGCCCGCGACAGCGUGCACGGUUUCGGCGGUGCGGAGAUGAAUGUCGAUCUCGACGAUGACGCCAAGAAGCCGCGUCAGCACCGACCGGCCCGUUUCGCCCAGAAGCCGGUCGACCCGUUCGGCCAGGAUGAAGAUUACCCAGGUGACCGCCAGGAUCGCGGCGACGAUGCCGAUCAGCGCGCCGCGUUCGACCGGACCGGCGAAAUCGCCCGACAGAAGCACCAGCGCCGAGAUCGCGCCCGGCCCGGCGAUCAGCGGGAUGGCCAGCGGAAAGACCGCGACCGAGCGCACCUGAUCGGCGGAGAUCGCCCGUUCGGCGGUGUUUUCGUGCCGUUCCUGCCGCUUUUCAAAGAUCAUCUCGAAGGCGAUCCAGAACAGGAGCAGCCCGCCGGCGACGCGGAAGGCCGCCAGCGUGACGCCGAACAGGUUGAGGAUCGCCGUGCCGAGAACCGCAAACAGCACCAUGAUCACGAAACCGAUCAGAAUGGCGCGCGUGCCGACCUCGCGGCGCUGCGAACGGUCCAUGCCGCCGGUCACCGCCAGAAACAGCGGCGCCAGCCCCACCGGAUCGAUGGUGACGAGCAGCGUCACCGUCGCAUUGAUGAUCAGGUCCGCGUCCAUGGCGAUCGCCUACACCGGGGACUGCGCGCCGGCAAUCGAAAUCCCGCUCCGCCGGCGAUCCGUGCCCAUGGCCGGUCACGGCACUAUGUUCAGCGGAACGAUUCUCACACGGGAAACCAGCGUUUGAACGACGAGACACCCCCCGGCGCCGAUGGCGGCGCCGGAGACGGCAUCGAGCCGAUUUCCAUCCUCGAGGAGAUGCAGCGGUCCUAUCUCGAUUACGCGAUGAGCGUGAUCGUCAGCCGGGCGCUGCCGGACGUGCGCGACGGGCUGAAACCGGUGCACCGGCGCAUUCUCUAUGCGAUGCAUGAGAGCGGUUAUCACUGGAACCGCAAAUAUGUGAAAUCCUCGCGCAUCGUCGGCGACGUGAUGGGUAAAUAUCACCCCCAUGGCGACUCCGCGAUCUACGACGCGAUGGUGCGCAUGGCGCAGGACUGGUCGCUGCGUGUGCCGCUGGUCGACGGGCAGGGCAAUUUCGGCUCGAUCGACGGCGAUCCGCCGGCGGCGAUGCGCUACACCGAGUCGCGGCUGCAGAAGGUCGCCCACGACCUGCUCGAGGACAUCGACAAGGACACUGUCGAUUUCCAGGAGAAUUAUGACGGCUCGGACUCCGAGCCCGUCGUCCUGCCGGCCCGCUUCCCCAACCUUUUGGUCAACGGCUCGGGCGGCAUCGCGGUCGGCAUGGCGACCAACAUUCCGCCGCACAAUCUGGGCGAGGUGAUCGACGGCUGCAUCGCGCUGAUCGACAAUCCGGCGAUCUCGCUGAUCGAGAUGAUGGCGCACAUUCCCGGCCCCGAUUUCCCGACCGGGGCGAUCGUGCUUGGCCGUUCGGGCAUCAGGAGCGCCUAUGAGACCGGGCGCGGCUCGAUCGUCAUGCGCGGCAAGACGCAUAUCGAACAGCGGUCGGGCGACCGCGAGUCGAUCAUCGUCACCGAAAUUCCCUAUCAGGUGAACAAGGCCUCGAUGAUCGAGAAGAUGGCCGAUCUGGUGCGCGACAAGCGCGUCGAGGGCAUCUCCGACAUUCGCGACGAGAGCGACCGGCAGGGCUAUCGCGUGGUGAUCGAGCUCAAGCGCGACGUCAACGCGGACGUGAUCCUCAACCAGCUCUACCGCUUCACGCCGCUGCAGACCUCGUUCGGCGCCAACAUGGUUGCGCUCAAUGGCGGCAAGCCCGAGCAGAUGAACCUGCUCGACAUGCUGCGCGCCUUUGCCGCCUUCCGCGAGGUCGUCGUCAGCCGCCGCACCAAAUAUCUGCUGCGCCGCGCCCGCGAGCGCGCCCAUGUGCUGGUCGGCCUUGCCAUCGCGGUCGCCAACAUCGACGAGGUGAUCGCGCUGAUCCGUGCCGCGCCGGACCCCGCGACCGCGCGCGAACAAUUGAUGACGCGGCGCUGGCCGGCCAAGGAUGUCGCGCCCCUGGUGGCGCUGAUCGACGAUCCGCGCCACAUGCUCAACGAGGACGGCACCUACCAUCUGUCCGAGGAGCAGGCGCGCGCCAUUCUCGAUCUGCGCCUGCAGCGCCUGACCGCGCUCGGCCGCGACGAGAUCGCCGACGAACUGAACACGAUCGGCGAGCAGAUCCGCGACUAUCUCGACAUCUUGUCGUCGCGCCAGCGCAUCCAGCAGAUCGUCAAGGACGAGCUUUCCGCCGUGAAAGACGAGUUCGGCACGCCGCGCCGCACCGAACUGGCCGAGGGCGGCCCGGACAUGGACGAUGAGGACCUGAUCGCGCGCGAGGACAUGGUCGUCACGUUCUCGCACCAGGGCUACAUCAAGCGCGUGCCGCUCGACACCUAUCGGGCGCAGCGCCGCGGCGGCAAGGGCCGGGCGGGCAUGUCGACCAAGGACGAGGAUUUCGUCACCCGGCUGUUCGUCGCCAACACGCACACGCCGAUCCUGUUCUUUUCCUCGCGCGGCAUCGUCUACAAGGAAAAGGUCUGGCGCCUGCCUGUCGGCACGCCGCAGUCGCGCGGCAAGUUCCUGCGCAACAUGCUGCCGCUUGAGGCCGACGAGCGGAUCACCACGAUCAUGCCGCUGCCCGAGGACGAGGAAAGCUGGGCCGAUCUCAAUGUGAUGUUCGCGACGACGUCCGGUUCGGUGCGCCGCAACAAGCUGAGCGACUUCGUACAGGUCAACCGCAACGGCAAGAUCGCCAUGAAGUUCGAGGACGGAUCGGACGAUGCGAUCCUCAGCGUUGCGACCUGCUCGGAGGAUGAUGACGUUCUGCUGACGACGGCCAGGGGCCAGUGCAUCCGCUUUCCCGUCACCGACAUCCGCGUGUUUGCCGGCCGCUCGUCGACCGGCGUGCGCGGCAUUGCGCUGGGCGCCGGCGACCAUGUGAUCUCGAUGACAAUCCUCGGCCACACCGAGGCGACGCCGGGCGAACGCACCGCCUAUCUCAAGCGCGCCAGCGCGCUGCGCCGGGCCGAUGACGGCGCCGAGGACGAGGCCGCACCCGCCAUCGCCGACGAGGAGGAGGGCGCGACCGACGUGGCGCUCGACGAUGAUCGCUUCAACGCUCUGGCGGCGCGCGAGCAGUUCGUGCUCACCGUCAGCGAGUUCGGUUAUGGCAAGCGCGCCUCGUCCUAUGAUUUCCGCGUCUCGGGGCGCGGCGGCAAGGGCAUCAAGGCGACCGACACCUCCAAGGCCGGUGACAUCGGCGAUCUCGUCGCCGCGUUCCCGGUCGACGAUGGCGACCAGAUCAUGCUGGUGACGAAUGCGGGACAGGUGAUCCGCGUGCCGGUCGGGGGCAUCCGCUUUGCCAGCCGCGCCACCAAGGGUGUGACGAUCUUUUCGACGCGCGAGGGCGAAAAGGUCGUCUCGGUCGAACGCAUUCCGGAAACCGAGAAUGGCGAUGGCGAAGAUGAUGAAGCCGCGCUAGAAACGGGUGCCGAAGACACGGUUGAAGGCACGCCGGAGUAA